GGGGUACAUGCCCCGGGGAUCUAUGCGUAGUAAACAGUGACUUCACUUUCUCCUGACAACCAUCUUCUCACUUUUUCUCGACAACAUACCUCCAUUGAGGAGCCAAUCCUCGAACUGACCAUCUUGUUCCAAGAGAAAUACACGGCGAAGCGGCUUACUGGGUUGAGUAUAACGGAAAACUGUACUGGAAACAGCAUUUCACCCUUCCGUUCUCUUCAAACUCUCUCAUCAGUUGCCACUAUCACUGAGUGGCACCUCAACUUUUCGCGUUACACAUAAAAACGGUCACCCCAGCAACCUCCAACAAACACCCACAUUUCUUCACCUCAUCAGCAACCCCAACCUAAACUCGCGGAGAAGCACCACCAUCAUGGCGCCCUCACUGCCAUCUCCCAUCCCCAAAACCCGCAUCGGCGGCAUCCCCGGCGUCGACCGGGGCCGCAGCCUCUUCUCCACGGAGCGCUUCGGCGCCGGCGAAACCAUCGCCAUCAUCGACAACCCCUUGCUCGCUCUCCCAGACGACGCCAACAUGCGGACGACCUGCAACUACUGCCUCUAUGUCAGCGGGACGAUCGAGUUCGAGGGCGAUGUGGAAGCGGGGGCCAGGACGUGCAAGGCGUGCACGGGCUGCAAGGCGGCCGUGUACUGCAACGCCGAGUGUCAGCGGGCGCACUGGAAGCUGGUGCAUAAGGCCGAGUGCAAGAUGUUCAAGCGAAUCAAGGAGCGGACGGGCAAGGACUGGUUGCCAACUCCCGUGAGGGCGGUGGCGCAGGUGAUGCUGUUGUUGAAGGCUGGGGAUGAGGAGACUGUCAAGGCGUUUGGGCCUGGUGGUACGUUGGAGAGUAAUGUGGAGGGGUUCAAGACUGAUGAGGGCUUGUGGGGUGAUUUCGAAUUACAGGCUACGGGGGCGGUGGUUUAUGCGGGCUUGUUGCAGAGUGAUGAGACGUUGAAGCAGGCUAUGGAGGUUUUGUGCAAGAUCCAAACGAAUGCGUUCAACAGGUUUGACGCCGACACGGGACAGGCGGGCAUCUACCUUCACCCAAGUCUUUCUAUGGUCAAUCACUCUUGCGUGCCAAACGCUUACAUCACUUUCGAGAAGCGCAAGGCCGUUCUCAAGGCGGAGAGGGAUCUUGAACCGGGCGACGAGAUUCUGAUUUCAUAUAUCGAUCACACUAUGCCUCGCCGUGCAAGGCAAGAGAGUCUUCGACUCUAUCACUUCCAGUGCAAUUGUAUUCGUUGCAAAGACGAUUUGAAUGCCUACGAAGUGAUCCAGGCUUGCGGGGUUUCUCCGGGUGUCAAGUGGCUAAAUUCCUCCAGUUUCCAGCCGGAUGUCGCCAGCCUGGUUCCUGCUUACAUCGAAAGGUCAAAGACAGUACCAAAGUCAAAGAUUGAGGAAAUACACUGGAAGUGUAUGGAGUUGACUUGCAUUGUUCAGGGGGAUCCUAUGGAGAAUGCGCGAGCCCAGUGGGAACUUUGCAAACCUCUCAGGGACGCCCAGCUGUGGGCUCUCGAUCCCCUUCCUCCCACGAUUCUCAGGAUAGCUACCAUGCUGGGUUCUAAUCGUACUACGCUAGCCAAGGCGCUUCCUCUGCACUGCUUCAUGGCGUUGGAAUGCUACCCCUUCAAGUACCCGGCAUCAUUCACGCCUUUCAGGGUCAAAACACUGAUGACAAUUGCAAAGCUCCUGUCCGCGGCGGGAGAUUUGACCUAUAGCGGCGAUCUUGCUCGGUACUGCGACCACGAGGGUGUCAUUGGGGUUCUGGCAACCGCCGACAUAGUUUCUUUGACCGAGGUCAUCCUUCGGCUGGUCAGGCAAAACGGCGUCAUAGGGGGUGUGGCAUCGUGGGACGUCUUAUUCGGAACCAAAGAAAUGUUGCGCGACAUCGGAGAUCUGCAGGAGCGUGACGAGAAGGACGCCGCUAUGGUUAAGCAUUGGGCAAACAAUUUGCAAGAUCCUGUGAGCAAAGCUUUCUGGGAGAACGUUGUGCUCAAGCCGAUCACACAGCUCGCGAGUUUCGCAAUUGAGAUUAUCGAGGCUGAACUGGGAGGCAACAAGAGUCUGGCUCGGAAGUAAGCCCGAAAAAGAAAAUCAAAGAUAUUUCAAGUCCUUUCC